AUGGCUAGGAAGAGAACUGCUAGUGGAUUUGAUGAGAAAACUUGUGAUGAUCAAGUGAAUGUUGCCUGGGACGAGAUGGUGAAGGAAGGGGCUGCCACAGGCGGAAUCCGGCGAGCCCGAAAGCGAUUUGUUGGUGUUAGACAAAGGCCAUCAGGGCGAUGGGUGGCUGAGAUAAAAGAUACCAUUCAAAAGAUAAGGGUGUGGUUAGGCACCUUUGACACGGCAGAGGAGGCUGCAAGAGCCUAUGAUGAGGCAGCUUGUUUACUCCGUGGCGCAAAUACGCGAACAAAUUUUUGGCCUAUUUCUCCAUCGUCUACUUCUACUCCGGCAUUGCCAUCGAAAAUCACUAAGCUUCUUCUAAGCAGGCUAAAGUCCAGAAAUAACGCGUUGGCCUCUUCUUCAACGGUUUCUCCUUUCUUGCCUGAUGAUCAUGUUCGUGAUCAUGAUGAGCGACCAAAACAGCAGCCUGAGGAGUAUAGAGAUGAAAAAAUGGCUGAUUUUUCAGCUUCUGAUUUCACUGAUUUUCUGAAUGAUCAUCCAAUUGAUGAUAGUAUGAUCACUACUGAUUAUACGUACUCAUCAAGUUUCGAAUCCUGCAUAACAGAAACUGUUAAAUUGGAGAAAAACUUGAGCAAUUUACUGCAACAUACUAAUGAUCAAUACUGCUCGAGUGGAGACGACAACAUAGAAGUAGAAGCAGAAAAUCACGACCAAGAAAACAUGAGCCUUGAAAUUGAGGAUUUCCAAUUCAUUGAUGAAAUUAAAUCGUUCAACUGUUCCCCUUUUGAGAUUGCUGAGGAGAUCUCAUUGGAGGGAUACGAAAAUGAGCCAAUGAUGCUUAGUGAGAUGAUGAAAAGGAACUAUGAAAGGAAGUUCUCGGCUUCUCUUUACGCAUUAAAUGGUAUAGCAGAAUGCCUGAAGUUGAAGCUCAAAUCGGGGAAUGCUUCACAACAGGAAAGGUCUGAUCAGUUUAGCAGACUCCGAAAUGCAUGUAAAGCGAACCAAGAAAAGAUGAAAACAAGAAAUGAAGGCAGCGAAAUUAAAGGAAACGAGAAGAAUUUUCGGGAUGAGAAUUCUCAAGAAAAUUCAACUGAUCAUGAGAGUGAACUGUCAAUCUGGAACUCCAUUGAUCUCCAACCGAUAUGCUAUGUCAAUUAG